ACAGUCUAUGAAGGCAUCGUCAAUGACGCUGCUCACGUUAUCGUUACGUCACUACACAGACCGAAACAAACAUGGCGCCGCGAAAGUGAGGGAAAACGACUAAUGGUGUAGCCGAGCAGGAUGCCACAGAGGAAGCAACGUAACAGGGACGGACACCCUGAAAGCCAAUUGUUGCAACAAGACACACAAAAGGACGUAGCUGUCAAUGAUGAAGAGCAGCAGCAGCGUCUUUGUGUUCUCUCGGGAUCAGAGCACCAUGUCACGUCUGCCACCAUCCUUGUCGAACAGAGAAAGAAGAUGGAGAGACAGGAAGUGCAAAGUCAAACCUCAAGAGAUGACAGAAGAGGAGAUGAUGGCCUUGGCUCUGCAUCUGAGUACGCAGGAAACCAGCGCGCACCAUGAAGACGCUGCUGUUACGAAAGCCAUCAAAGAGAGUAUGUUGAGCCAAGAGCCCUCUCGGCGUCAGAGCCUGCUGACCCAAUCAGACACCCCUUGCUCAGGGCCUGGUGGUUGGUACGUCAGCAGCUGGCCAGAGUCGACCAUUGAUCUGUCGGCAUCAGGCGACGGCUUCACCAACCCGAGCCAAGAGGUGGAAGGGAAAGGUGAAACUAAACAAGAUCAAAAGUGGAAAGGGGCGGAAACUCCUCUGUCGGACUUGCCGUCAAGCCCCGAUAUCUCCACUCAGGCGUGGCUCGGUAAUUCCGAGUCUGAAUUGUUGGACUCGCCGCAGAGCUCCGAUUCUACGCAGAUCGACGACUCUUCACUCCGUAAAUCCCCCGUCUUCUCCACGAGCGGUCGCAAAGCCAGGGUGGCCGUUUUCCGGCUCAGCCAGGAUACGCUGGAGAGCUGCAAGACCCCCGGCUUGGUGCUUAACUCGCAGCACUCAAAGGACAACGCCCUUCCUUCGGCACGGCGCAAAAGUCCCGUCUUCUCCGAGUCUGAUACGGAAGACGAAUUUGUCCAGUAUCUAAAAAGCCCGGUGUUUGGCGAUGAGGCUCGGCGUGACCCGUCUGCGCAGGUCGAAGCAAGCACAGAGUUCAUGAGGAGUUUAUCUUCCUCUCCGCCCGUCAACCCGGUAUUCCCAAGGAGUCCGGCGCGCUCCAAGAAACUUGCUGACUCAAAGAACUCAACACUCUCAAAAAGUCGUCCGGUCGCGGACGAUUCGUCUGAAACGGAACUCACGAGCGACACAACGCUAUGUUGGUCCGACGAAAAUGCGGAUGAGACGCCGGUGAACUCUAGUCCAGUCUACCCGGAUGAGAAGCGCUUUCAACAGGCCCAUGCCCCUCAGAACCUGGAGACCGAAGCGGGCCCGAAGGCAAACAGCUCCGGCUGCAGUUUGCGUGUUUCCAGUCUGAACACUGGGCAGCCUGUUCCCAACCAGUCCACAGUCCACUAUUACUGGGGGGUCCCCUUCUGUCCACGUGGUUUGGAUGCGGAUGCUUACACGCAGGUGAUCGUGGCCCAGAUGGAGGUGUACGAGAAGAGUCUGAAGGAGGCUCAGAGGGGUCUGUUGAGGAAGGCCCAGUGGGGGGCCCCCAUCCUGCCACAGUCAGAGAAAUCCUCGUUGUCGGACUCCUCCCAUACUAAAGUUCCUCGAAGGCGUGGCCUCAGACGCAAAGACUGUAAGCUGAGCAAUCAGGACGCGGAUAGCCUUUUGUUGGAGGCAGAGGAGGAGGAAGAGGACGAUGAGGAAAAGAAGGAAGAGGAGGAGAAUGAGGAGCUGGAGAUAGAAACUGGACGUGAAGAGGGAGAUCAGACCGACAUUGUCGUUUGUCCAGAGACCCAAAUGAGUGAGGAAGAUUGCGUGGAUCCGCUUAAGCUUGACAACUCGGAGUGUCCCAAAACUGUGACGAGCGAUGACGGUCAAAGCGAUGAUGGUCAAGUUGUGGAUGAGGAAAAGAUGAUGGAUGUUACAGUCUCGGCAGACGGCAAGACUCAGGCGACGUACUUCGUCGGCGGUGACACGGGUCGAAACCCCACCCUGACAAAUGAGGAGGAGGAAGAAAGAGGGCCAGAAAGGUCCCCCUCGCCUGAGUUGGAGACCAUCGGCUUCCAAGCGGCCGUGGAGUGUCCCCUUUGCCAGGAAACGUUCCCCGCAUGCAAAAUCGAGAGGCACGCGGCGUACUGCAACGGCGACAUGGAAACAGAGACGGUCGUCGUUGCGGACGAAUAUUCGGAAGAGCUCUUCAAGCCUAGAAGGAAAAGGAAAAGAUGGACAGCAGAGGAAGAGGGAGACGCCACCUCCACUGACAAAAUCCAGGAGAAAUGUUACAUCUGCCAAAAGGCCGUGGCCCUGCGAGACUUCAGCAAGCACACUGAUCUCUGCAUCCAGCAGAGGGCGACAAAAAUACCCGAGGAGGGAAAUCUGUUGGCGGCUCUGGAGCAUUCAGAGAGCAGGUACGCAGGAGCUGGUCCAUCCAGUUGCAGACUCCAGCGAGGUGACGUCAGCAAUCUGAGGGACAACGACAAAGAAGAGGAAGCUGGCAUUUCCAUGCUGGCACUCAGCGACUCGCCCAUUAAGUCCUUCACGCCCAUCUCGGAGGCCACCGACUGUCUGGUGGACUUCAGGCGCCAGCAGCGGCUCAAGAAACCCAGCCACAAACGAAGGUGAAGAACGGGUUGGGGGUGGGGGGGCUUAAUGAAGACCGAGUGAUCAACGUCAGCACACCUUGGAACUGAUGUCUACUUAUGCAACACACUUGAAUGUUAAUACGUGCAGAGGGUUCUCCGACUCCCUCGCAACUGUAUACUGUACUGUAACAUUCCCUUUUUUUUUAAUUUCAUGUGCAAUUUUCUUGACUUCAAUGCAACAACAGUGCAUUUUGUAAUUGCAUUUAAAAUUAAAUAAGAAUAAUUGUAGUUUGCAUAAUGCUUAAAAGCACCUGAAGCUAAUAUGCGGGCCACUGACAUGAACAUCGUCUCAAUUUCUUUCAUUCAGCUGUUUUUUUUUUUCUUUAUUUUUGUUAUUCAUUAAAAGAUUGGCUCAUGGAUAUCUUUUAAAAUAAAAUAUUGUUCAAAAAA